AUGUACCCUGGCCCCUGCACUGUUCUCCGAGAGCCCAUCUGCUGUGCGUGCCAGACCAAGUUCGGGGGCCAUCUGCCCGUGCCCAGGGCUGAGGCGACACUGCCUUACUGGGUCCCUCUGUCCCUGAGACCUCGAAAGCAGAUCCCAAAGAUGGUCCGGUUUUCUAUCCCCCAAACUACCAAGAUGUGCUCCUGCUCAUGCCACAGCUUUGGGGGCCGCCUCCCAGUGCCGAGGGACCAGGCAGUGAUGCCCUACUGGGUGCCCCAGGUCCUGAGGUCACAGAAGCAGGUGAGGAGGAGGGAACAAAACAGGAAGCGGCACAAUGGCACACGUUAGCCCCCCCUGAGUCCCUGUUUCCGCCACAACCGCUGGCGUGUCUGCUGUGACCAGCGUCCCCUGCUGCAGUGGCAGCAACUCCAGGCCCCUCACCAGGACAGGGCCCUGGUGCCUUGGUGGGAAGCCAGCGGCCCGUCCCCACUGCUCAUCACCACGAACACUGUCAUCAUGGUCACCACCAUCAUCAGCAUUGUCACCGCCAUCAUCACCAUUGUCACCACCAUCAUCACCAUUGUCACCGCCGUCAUCACCAUCAUCAUCACCAUCAUCACCAUCAUCAUCACCAUCAUCAGCAUUGUCACCGCCAUUGUCACCAUUGUCACUGCCGUCAUCACCAUCCUCUUCACCAUCAUCAAGGCCACUGUCUUCAUCGUCAUCACUUUUGUCACUAUCUCCACCAUCAUUCUCAUCCUCACCAUCAUGGGACAGGUGGAUGAGAUAACUUCUGUGUACAGAGGGUAG